UUAGUUUUAAUGGAAGUACAGGUUAUAAAGAGUUGAGAAAUUUAUUAAAUGAUAACGAAUGGGGUAGCAAAGACAAUGGGUCAGGAUCCGUUGCUUAUGUUUUGAUGGAAAAUGAAACAGAAACUUAUCAAGUUAAUUUUAUUUGGAAAGAACAUGUAUAUAGAAAGCAUCACUAUCCUUUAUCUUGUGGUUCAAUGAUAUGUAUAUUUAAAAUCGAUGUUUGA